UGUGGAUAUCUGGGGUGGUUUCAAGGUCUCCACACAGAAUGUUGCUCGUUAUUUUCUCACAGUCGUUGAUGAUUUCAGUAGAGCUACCUGGAUUUAUUUGAUGAAUUAUAAGUCCGAAGUUGAGAGUUAUUUGAAAAUGUUCAUAAACAUGGCUGCAACACAGUUUGGGCAGCAGGUUGCUCGCAUUCGAGCAGACAACGGAAUGGAAUUUCAAACGACCAGUUUGCGUAGUUUCUAUGAUGACCAUGGCAUUAUCUUGCAGACAUCAUGUACCGACACACCUCAACAGAAUGGUGUUGUCGAGCGUAAGCAUCAUCAUUUACUGGAAACAGCUCGAGCUUUGCGGUUUCGAGCCAAUCUUCCACUACAGUUCUGGGGUGAGUGCGUACUUACUGCUACAUAUCUUAUCAAUCGUCUUCCUACUAAGGUACUUCAAAAUCGUACUCCCUAUGAAGUGUUACUUGGUCGGCAGCCUCCAUACGAUCAUCUUCGUGUCUUCGGAUGUUUGGCUUACGGGAAGGACACUCAUAAAGGUCUAUCCAAGUUCGGUGAACGGGGGAGGCGCUCUGUUUUCGUUGGGUACCCUGCGUCACAAAAGGGAUACCGUUUAUUUGAUCUUGUGACCCGUACAUUCUACACGUCACGGGAUGUGCAUUUUGUGGAGGGGAGUUUCCCCUACCAUACACCAACAUCAUCAUCCCCAUCUCCCAUGCUUUCCGCUUCCGCACCAGUGGUUGAUGAUGAGUUGGUGGCCAAUAAUGAAGAUCAUGGGCCAAGUAUUGAGGCUACUGUCCAGCAGCCACCUGCUGCCUCCCCUGCCGACUUAAACAAGUCUGCUUCCCCAUCACUUGGCGAGUGUCCUUCACCCGUCGCUCCCGUCGAGCAGCCUGUGCAUGAAGUUCGUCGAAGUCUCCGAUCGCGACAAGUUCCUCGUCGCCUAGACAGCUAUGACGUUGAACUGCCGCCAUCCAACGUUCCCUAUCCGAUGUCCAACUUUGUAUGUUACACAGGUUUCUCCCCCCGACAUCGUAGUUUCUUGGCUGCGGUCUCCAGUCAGUCUGAACCCUCGAGCUAUCGGGAAGCUGUUCGUUAUGAAGCAUGGCGGGUUGCCAUGCAACGUGAAAUUGAUGCCUUGGUUGGCAACGGUACCUGGACUCUUGUCAGUUUACCUCCUGGUAAGCGUGUAGUCGCUUCCAAAUGGGUAUAUAAAAUUAAGUACACACCGGAUGGGAAUAUCGAGCGCUAUAAGGCUCGCUUGGUGGCGAAGGGGUUUACUCAGACCGAAGGGAUCGACUACGAGGAUACGUUCGCACCAGUGGCUAAGUUAGUUAGUGUUCGCUGUUUACUUGCUGUUGCUGCUGUUCGUGGCUGGGCUGUCCACCAGUUAGACGUGGAUAAUGCAUUUUUGCAUGGGGAUCUUCAGGAGGAGGUUUAUAUGCAGAUACCUCCCGGUUUUGCAGCUCCUGGUGACACGCGAGUAUGUCGACUUCAUAAAUCCAUCUAUGGUCUGAAGCAGGCAUCGCGAAAUUGGUAUGCAAAGUUCACCACUACCCUUACUGGUCUUGGUUUUCAGCGUUCUAAUGCUGAUUACUCCCUUUUUGUUCGUCGGAGUCACGGUACCUAUGUUGUGGCUCUAAUUUACGUCGAUGAUGUGAUCCUAGCGGGUGAUGAUUCAGUUUUCAUUCAGCAAGUUAAAGACACUUUACAUCGGCAGUUCGGCAUCAAGAACUUGGGUCCUCUCAAGUAUUUCCUGGGAAUCGAGGUUGCUCGGUCUCGUGCAGGCAUUGCCCUCAGUCAGCGUAAAUAUACGUUGGAUCUCCUCCGUGACAGUGGUUUCUCCGGCAGUCGCCCUAGUGUUUUCCCCAUUGAGAAACAUCAUUCCCUUACUCGCUCUGAUGAGAGUUCAGUUCGUGUCUCAGCCGAGGAAGCUGCAGCUUAUCGUCGUUUGGUUGGGCGCCUCCAGUAUCUCACGGUCACGCGCCCUGAUAUUGUCUAUGCUGUUAAUAUCCUCAGCCGUUAUGUGCAUGCUCCUACUGUAGCUCACGUUGCUGGUGCCGAAAGAGUUCUUCUGUACCUCAAACGUGCUCCUGGACAGGGCAUUCUCCUUCCCUCGAGUAGUUCACUUCAGUUCACAGCUUAUUGCGACGCAGACUGGGGUGGUUGUCAAUCCACUCGCCGUUCUACGUCUGGUUACUUUGUUACUCUUGGUGGCGCUCCUGUCUCCUGGCGUACCAAGAAGCAAUCUGUAGUUGCUCGGUCAUCAGCUGAAGCCGAGUACCGUGCUAUGGCAAGCACUGUCAGUGAAGUCAUUUGGGUUCGUGCUCUUCUUGGUGAUCUUGGUGUUCGUCUCACGUCUCCCACAGUUCUUUAUUGUGACAACCAGGCGGCGCUUCAUAUAGCCGCUAACCCGGUUUUCCAUGAGCGCACCAAGCACGUUGAGAUGGACUGUUAUUUUGUUCGGGAUCAUGUUGCUUCCCAUGAGAUCAUGCCUCGGAAGAUCUCUUCCCAGGCACAGCUUGCCGAUCUGUUCACCAAAGGCCUUGCUGGUGAUCGUUUUCAUGAGCUUCUCUCCAAGCUGGGCAUUUGUAACCUGCAUGCCUCAGUUUGUGGGGGAGUGUAAGGAAUGUUGAGUACGUAGUCGUGUUGGCCGAAGGACAUAUGUGUCUUUUCAUUGUCUUCGGCUGAAGCUUAAGCAUAACCCUAGGGGAUUAGUCGAAUAGGGUUAUAUAUAUAUGUAUCUUGUAAUCGGCUGCGUACUAUGAAUACAAGCUGAGAUAGCAUAACUUCUCCGUGGACGUAAGCUCAUUCACAUCGAAUGGGAAGAACCACGUAAAACUGUGUCUCGUGUUCGUUUUACUUUACGUUAUAGGAUUAUUUCAUAAAUUUCUUUAUGACACAAAUUGAACUUGUAAUUUGAUAUUAUGAUAAAAACUGAAGAUAUAUCAUAGUACAAAUAUAUAAAUUUUCUUAUGGUGCAAGUUUGAUUUGCACCUUCAACAACCAAUGUUUUAAAACAUAGUAAAAGUGUUAGCAUUAUGCAUGUAUUUGACAAUUGGGUCGACUAGUGGCGUGAAUGCGCCCACUACUCUGACGAUAACUUGGUCCCGCGGCUAAGGACAGUAGUCGCUGUUUCCAUCAAACAGUCGUCCGCUAAUUGCCAAUUUGCUAUGUCAUGUUCGUCGUAUAUACCGCUCUCUUGUUUUGUUUGGACCCGUGAGUUCGCCCAUGUUUCAAUUUUCAUGGUCACCACUACACAAGACAAGUAAAUAUGAAAUCCAUCCACGUUUAGAACGCCUGGAAAAUGAUCCUGCAGAAAAGGACACAGUUUUCGGCUCAUUUGAUGCUAACGAGUGGAUGCCACCCCAAGACCAAAGUUGCUGGUCCCCUUUUCGCAACAAGGACAUUAACGUGGUCCCCCUGCAGCAGCGGUCGCAGUUACUGCUUUAGCGAUUUCUUCAAAUGCUAUCUUUCGCACGUGUAGUAAUAAUAACACAACUAAAAAAAUCUCAAAGUAAAAUCUAGAGGCCAAGACGACGUGGUCUGGAAACGAACCCCUUUAAUACAAGUUUGAAUUCAAGACAGACGAAAGUUCAUAUCUUACACGGUUACACCGUGAAAAUUCUCAAUUUCGCACAUGUAUUAACACUUUUACAAGUCCAUGAAACCAAAGCAUUAACAAUAUUUUUGAAUUUUCAUAUAAGAUUUUAACCUAAUAAGGAGGAACUACAUGACCAUGUUGUUAGUGGCUCCGAUCAAUUCCUUCUUUUCUACGAGUGACCAAGCAUGCAAAAUCACCUCGCAUUCUUACCCAUAUGCACAAAACAAAAUACGUACACAAUAGACAUGCAACUAUUGAUACUUGCACAUGAUAAAUCAAGAAAAAAUCGUUAGAACGAGAACAAUACGUCUAUAUCACAGAUUCCAACUCAAUCCAUACAAAGCAUAAUAGUGUUCAUCAAAUUUGGAACAACUAGAAAAUUAGCUAGACAUGAUGAGUUUAUACUUCUAUUUUUUAUUAUAAAUUCUUUAUGACACAAAUUGAACUUGUAAUUUUAUAUUAUGAUAAAAACUGAAGAUAUAUUAUAGUACAAAUAUAUAAAUUUUCUUAUGGUAGAAGUUCGAUUUGCACGUUGAACGACCAAUGUUUUAAAACAUAGUAAAAGUGUUAGCACCCUGGUUUUUCUGUUCAUCUCUAAGAGCUCGAUCUUUGAAAAUCUGAAAAAAAAUAUUUUUGUAUAAAUUAAUGCAAAAUAAAAAUAAAAAUUAUUC